AUGUCCGCUCGACGCCACUUGCCAAGUGUAAAAUUAACCUUAGGCAUCGUUAACCAGUCGAACAUGUCCGAAACCAACACUACACCGGCUUCACUGCUUCUCUGUCUUCCAGCCGAGCUCAGGAACGCCAUAUACGAAUAUGUUUUCAACGACCCCCAUGAUCUCCAAACCGAAGUCGCCCUUGAACACGGCGCCAUACGUUUCUACGGCUACAUUGAAACAGACCUCCUCGGCUUUGUGGAGCCCAGUAUGCCUCUCCUUUUGGUCAACCGCCAACUACAUACCGAGACCCGGAUGAUUCCAUUCGACCAGGGAACAUUCGUCUUCCGGGACCGUGGAACUUUCCAGGCGUUCCUUCAGAGUCGCACGCAAGACCAAAAGGCGGCUAUAGCGUUUCUAAAGUUGGAGACCGUUGGAGGCCAGUUGUACCCGUACGAGUGGGAUGACUAUGAGGCCACGUAUCUGAAGUCUAUCAUUGGUUUCAGUGGACUUAAAAGAAUCGAGAUCAUGGACGAACAUCCGCCUUCUUAUCGACUUGUGCGUCUACUCGUCGAUAUGUACACCCUGGCUAGUCAAGGCUCUCCAGGAGUCAAGAUCAUGGUUCGAGACCAAGAUGGAUAUUGUGGCCAGCUCCCUGAGGGAGGGCUCGCUGGACGCCCUGGCCCAGGCAAACCUCAGAGUGCCUGGAGAGGUGACUUUGGGCAAAUGAUGGAACUGGCGAAGGAACUGCACCCGCAAGCAGUAUGA